UGGAAAGUAUUCAAUAUAUAUUUAGUUACUAAUAAUACCAAAACUUGGAGAGUUAUGUUUCAAAAUAUACGCAAUUGCUUGGUCCUGCUGCCGCGGGAAGAGGCAUGUUCUGCUAUCAGUGUCCGCCAUCGCUGCAUCCAUGUGGACCGCAUCCAKCGCGCUUGCCAACACUGGAUUAUCCGUUCGCAGCAACGCAUCCAUAUGCAAGUUACUCGUAUCAUCCUUCCAUACAUGAUGAGACAUUCGUGCGACGUAAGCAACGACGUAAUCGCACCACAUUCACAUUGCAACAGUUGGAAGAGUUGGAGACUGCCUUUGCGCAGACCCACUAUCCGGAUGUGUUCACACGUGAGGACCUGGCGAUGAAAAUAAAUCUGACGGAAGCGCGCGUUCAGGUUUGGUUUCAGAAUCGACGCGCAAAAUGGCGUAAAGCCGAACGCCUUAAGGAUGAGCAACGCAAGCGCGAGAAUGGCGAGAGCAGCGGUUCGCUGGACAAGUUGCACGACAGUCGCGAGUCUUCGCCKGACAUUACCGGCGAAAUCGACGAUGAUGAACCGUCGUUGCGUCGCUCGCAUAGUCCCGGUCCGCCGUCGGCAAGUCCGCAUGCCAUUGACUCGGACAAUGAACGUCCGCUCUCGUCGACACAGCUUACCACACAAUCGGCUUCGCAAUCGGUCGGUUCGAUAAGCGCUGGUUCRCCUUCGCCCAGUGCGCGCGCCACGCCUCAGCAUUGCCCCAAUAGUCCGACAUCGAAUUCCCGUCAUACCGAUUCGCCCAUCGAAGUUGGCGGUCCGAUUUCGUUGACCUCGCGUACAUCGUCCGGCACUACGCCCACAUCGGCGCUACACAGCACGCCCACCACUUUUGGUAGUCACAUUUUCGGCAAUUUCGGUGGUGAUAG